AAGACAGACCCUUGAUAAAAGGUCGGUUGCCAAGUUACGCAACAGUAAGGAAAGUGGUGUUUCUCCAUGCCGUGCAGAGUAGAGCCAAAGUGAGCCGAGCCGAGUCGAAGCGCACUGGUUGCUACGCAGCAAUAAACAACUCGGCAGCGUUGGCCACCAACGCCUGUAAACACGACGUUUACGCUGUUUACCGAGCAUUGCAUACUAAUGGAAGGAGUGGGGAUAAUGCGAUCUAGGUCACCCAGUCGUCGUUCAACUCCCCCACCUCCACGAAUAUCUCGUCGCUCACCAGGUGGGUUCAGAACCAGAGGGAAAUCUCCAGACCGGAGACGACGCAUGCCACCACCUAGCAUGGCCAAAUAUGUACCAGGUGGUAGAGGUGGCAGUCCUACGAGGGGUAGGAACCGUAGAGAAUUUAGACAUUCACCUAGAAGCCAGCCUCCUGGUUUUCCGUUCCCAAGAAGAAGUAGAUCGCCUCUUCAGAGGGAACCAAAAAGACAGUCAUUUUCUCCUGGGAAAAGGAAGCUGUCUCCAAAGAGGGAAAGAGAAAGGGAAAGGCCACGGGUCCAGGGGAGAGAAAGAGAACGAAGAUCUCGACCACCUAUUGCUUCACCUAGGAAGAGGACAAGGUCAAAAAGCCCAGAGGCGUCUGCUGUUAGUUCAACAAGAGAAGGUGGUCAUUUAGGUUCUUAUGGUGGAAGUGUAGGAGGGCCUUCAGAUGUCUCUCCUCCUGGCCGAAGCUAUCAGGGAUUACCAAGUUCAUACCCUCAAGGGGGACCUGGUCCAGAAGGGGACCCCCCCAACCGAAAUAUAGUGUCAAUGAGUGAAAGAUUUCAUGGACCAAGUGGACCAGGAUCUUAUAAAAUGGAACAGUCUGAUCAUCCUGUGUUCCGUGGACCAGAAGGUACAGGCUUUGAUGUGAAUGAACUGAAGAAGAUUACAGUGGAUAUCCGACGUAACCUACCAGUUGAUAUGGUUCCUAUUGAGCGCAGCAUAAUCAACCCUGAAGAUGUGGUAUUGGUUCGUAGGCCAGAAAUGAUGGCAGAUGAACGUGAAUACAGCAUGAUCCAAGGUGCACAUACUUCCCAUGGUCGCUGUGAAUCUGAUGUCACACUCUCACAAUCCAGUGGAAGGAAGAUGUCUUGGGAAUGUGAAACUAAUCAUUAUCUCCACAGCAUCAAUAAAAGAGAAGGGACACAUCCUAUCUUUGCCCGUGAAGAGAUUAUGCAAGCCUCUACCAGGGGAGGUAGUGGUACCAUAGAUGAGCACCGUAGAGUGGUAGCCAUUGUGGGUGAAACGACACCAAUGCAGUCCCAAGGAAGUUCUCGAUUUGAAUCACCGGGUCGUUAUGCUGAUGCUCCAUCACGGUCACAUGAUAGCUAUUAUCCUAGUGGAGAACGGGAACCACCACGUGACUACCCACACUCUGCACAAGAUUAUGGUCAUGGUCAUGGGCCAGCACCAGGCUUUGACCAUAGGGAGAGGAGUAGGGAAGAUCGCUUUGACAGGCGAAGUGAAGAUCUCCGACAUGAACUGGAACAACGUCGCCGUGAUGACAGUCGGUACUUAAGUCAAGGAGAUGGACGCCGCUAUGAUAGGAGCAUGGACUAUAGGGGUGACUCUGACAGGGGCUCCAGUGACCUUCGGAUGAGAAUUAAUGAAAAAAGGACUGAUCGUCAUGAUGAUAGGGAUUCAGGUCACGCCCGUGUGUUGGAACAUCGGCCUGAGCUUAUGGAGCGAGACAGGGAAAGGGAAAGACCUCACAGGGGUAUGAUGCAACAUUCCCCACCAGGCAGUGAGAGAAGGCGAGGACCAGGAGAAGGAUUUGGUCGCACACUGGGAGAUGGUAAAAUGCGUGGUGGUAGUGGAGGUGGACGAGUAGUCCAGCGCGGUGGACCAGCAGAUCGUAAUGAUGUCCCAGACAGAUUCCAUCAGGAACCAACAGAAUUUUCCAGUCAACGAUCUGAUAGAUUCCAUUACAAAUCUUGGGACUCAAAUCCUGAACAUGUACCCAAAGGAAGAGCCUACUUUGAACAUGACAACCGGGAAGAUGAAUUUAUGAGGGGACGAGGUCGAGGAAUGUUGGGUCAGCGAGGCUCAGGGAUGCAUGGCCGUGGUAUGAUGCGUGGACGGUCUUUCAGAGGUGGGGGACCAACACACAUUUUCAUGGGACGUAGCGGUCGACGAGGAGGAUAUCCACCACGGUAUACUACUAGGCCGAGUUCACCCCACUGGGAGCACGAUCUGUUUGACAACGUUUCAGCUGAUGACUGUGGGCAAGCAAGCAACAGUAGCCAUGGCAAGUAGAUUCAUGGUCUGCACUCUGAAAGUGUUUAAGACGGAGAAAAAUGAACUCCUGAGUUGAACACACUAUUACCAAGUAGUUUCUCAAAGUCCAUGACUUGCUGCAGUAAAUUGUGACUUCAAAUUUCAUUAUCUGACUGUGAAUAAAAUGCAUAUGCAGAAACUUGAAGAUGGUUGCAAGAAAUCAGUUUCCUUCCUUUACGUUCUAAUGUUCGUCAGCUUUCCUGACCCAAAGUUGUCAAGAAAUUGUGCUCUUCUCAUGUGGGAUUGUAACUCUUGUUGGGGGCUGUAAAAGGUAAAGCUAUCCCUGUAACAGGCCAUGGAGGCCCAUAGGAUUGUGAGACGUCAAGGAUCUCACAUUU